AUGAUGCAAGAUGAAGAUGGCAAUGAGCUCUACGCUCCUGACGCCGCUCCUGCUGUUGUGCCACGACCAUCUCCCACUCCAGUUGGUGGAUUGCUGGCUGGGGAUCUUGUGCGCACGCCACCUGAAACAACCGGAGCAUCUCCCAUUGAUUCGGCAAGUCGCCAUGAGACUGCUGCUGUCCUUGCAUCUUUGGCGAAUGGAGCCACACCUCCCCUUGUUGCCGCUGAAGAACCAGCCUCUGAAACAGCGACUGCAUCCGGAACAAAGAGACCCACUCCCCUGAACACAUCGCGACACACCAAAGCAAAGCAGGGAGCCGCUCGCAUUCAUGUUGGUGGAAGAUGCAAGACCAGUAGGGGUCAGCUCUUUCAUUUGCUUUCCACAGAAGAGCAAAAGGCUACCAUUCGCGAAUUCAACAACAACCACAAUUGCUUUGGAACAAUCAAAUCUGGUAACUCUAGCCAAGGGUAUAAUGUUGUGUUUGAUUGCUUGCCCGCUGACCAGAAAGAAGUUUUCAUUAGGAGAAAGAACCUCACCGCGAUGGCCAAGGGCUCGGAAGAAGUGACGUUUGAUCGUCCAAGCGACGAUCCUGAGAAGUUGGCUGAAAUCCGUGUAAAGAAAAGCAAGAAGCUCUCUCCUUUUCAGGUGUGCAAUGAUGCAUUUGUGUCUAUGGAAGAUGAUGUGAUCUCAGUAGCCAAGACGUUUGACAUGCACUGGUCUUCGGCGGAAGAAGACAGCGUGGUUCCAUGGACGAUUCUUCCUGAUGGUGUGCAUGUCACAGAGGCCGAAGAUCCCCUUCUUUACCCAGAAGACGUACACUUCAAGAAGACAUUAGAUAUCUCCGAGAAGGAUUGUGAUACAGACUUUCCCAAAGUCUUUUUCGAUCACUUCAUGCCGGACCUUAUAGGAAUGGCUGCAAAGAUUGACAAGUUUCACUCUUCGAUUAGAAGCCCAAUGUACCAGACGGCCAAGUCUGAUCGCAUCCAGUUUCACGAUGACACAGGAUACUUUGGAGAUAAGGACCCUGAUUGGAUGGUCAAGCAAUGUUUCCUCUUGCUUAUUGCCUCAUGUCUUGAAACAGAGAAUGGUUCGGACCUAUGGAAGAGAGGACCAUCGUCGGGACGGAAGGAGUACCCAGACUUCGGACAAUACAUGCCCUUGAACUAUUGGAAAGCGUUCUGUUGUGCGAUUGGAGUCUGCUUUGGUGAUGAGAAGUAUUGGUAUCUGGACAAGCGAGACAUUCCUUGGGAUGUCAUUGUACCAGCAGUCAGUGGUUUCAACAAGAAAAGGGAGGAACUCUUCUCUGUUUUCCUGCUUAUGCUGGACGAGAGCAUGAUCGGAUGGAGGCCCAAGAGCACCAAGACCGGUGGACUUCCCAAUCUUACAUAUGAACCAAGGAAACCUGUUCCAUUAGGCACCAUGCUUCGCAAUGGUGUCGAGUGCAUCACCGGUUGCCUUGUCAAUCAAGACAUUGUGAUGAACGCAGAGCGACAGAACUUCAAGAAACAUUUGUACGCGGACAAAGAAGAACAGAUACGAGAGAAGACGUGUCUACCCGGGAAGCCUGAUAUGCCCGCCCAUACUGCUGAGACUCUAAGGCAAGUUGAAGAUGCCAACGUCCUAAGGGGCGCGGUUGCUAAAUACGUAGUCCCCUCUGGAGACCGAAAGCAUUAA